AUGCAGAAAGAAAUAAAAGCUUUACAGGACAACAACACUUGGUUUCUAACGAAGCUUCCACAAGGAAAGACAAUUAUUGGCUGCAAAUGGGUAUACAAGACUAAAUAUAAAGCAGAUGGGACUAUAGAAAGGCAUAAAGCUUGCCUCGUGGCUAAAGGGUAUACCCAACAAGAAGGGAUUGAUUACUUAGAUACGUUUUCUCCCGUUGCAAAGUUAACUACGGUUAGACUGCUCAUUGCAGUAGCAGCAUCUCAAAAUUGGUUUUUACAACAAUUAGAUGUGAACAACGCCUUCCUACAUGGAGACUUAAAUGAGGAAGUGUACAUGGAACUACCUACAGGUCUUAAUGGUGCCGAGAAAGGCCAAGUAUGCAGACUUACUAAGUCUCUAUAUGGCCUCAAGCAAGCUAGCAGGCAAUGGUUUGAAAAGUUAUCCACUUUCCUUAUAUCCAUCAACUACACACAAUCAAAGAGUGAUCAUUCUCUCUUCACGAAGACAACACCUANUGGAUUCANANNUCUUCUAAUCUAUGUUGAUGACAUUAUUUUNGCANGGAAUNCUAUGACAGAAAUUGACAGGGUAAAGGGCCUCUUACACAAUAUGUUCCAAGUAAAAGAUUUAGGGAACCUUAAAUAUUUCCUAGGGUUGGAAAUAGCAAGAUCCAAGAAGGGAAUUCAUAUGUCCCAAAGGAAGUAUGCCUUAGACAUCCUUGAAGAAACGGGUAUGUUGGGUUGCAAGCCUUGUUCAACCCCAUUUCUGAAUGAUACAAGUUCUCUCUACAAAGCUGACAGUUAUUUGAAAGACCCAACUUCAUAUCGAAGAUUGAUAGGGAAGUUACUUUAUCUUACAAACACCAGGCCUGAUUUAUGUUUUUCCAUUAAUCUGUUAAGUCAAUUUGUUCAAUCUCCUACUGACUAUCACUAUCGGGCUAUUCAACAUGUGCUUAGGUACAUCAAAUCUAAACCUUCAGAAGGACUAUUCUUUCCAGCAGAUUCUCCUAUACAUUUAAAGGCCUUCAGUGAUUNAGAUUGGGCAACCUGUCCCAACACCAGGAGGUCAACCACAGGUUUCUGCAUUUUUCUUGGGUUAUCACUCAUUUCGUGGAAAACAAAGAAGCAAAGUACAAUGUCAAGGUCUUCCACUGAGGCAGAGUAUAGAGCCCUAGCAGCCACUACUUGCGAUACAGUGGCUUCACUACCUACUAGACGAUCUACAAGUUCAAGAAGCUGGAAUACCAGCCCUCUACUGUGA